UUCCCGCCGUCACACCACGAAACCUUCUCCUUGUUCUCUUACAUCAGCUCUCCCAAGCGACUUGACGUACAGAGCAGUUUUGUGGCUAAUAUCUUGGUUAUUAUCUUUAAAAAUUGUAGUUUGAGCAAGGGAAAAAUUUUGAUAAACCUCAAGAAUGAAAAUCUGGACAUAUGAGCAUGUUUUCAAUCAUCCAUGGGAGACAGUUGCUCAGGCUGCACUUCGUAAAUACCCCAAUCCCAUGAAUACUGCUGUCCUGGGGACUGAUGUCAUUGACAGAAAAGUUGUUGAUGGGGUUUUGCACACGCAUAGACUUGUCGUCAGUGAAUUCAAAUUUCCGAGCUGGGCACAAGCGCUAAUUGGGCACGCUAAGGAGUGUUACGCCAGUGAAAGGAGUGAAGUGAAUCCUGGUAAUAAAGAAAUGGUGCUAAAGACGAGAAAUUUAACAUUCUGCAACUACAUAGCAGUUGACGAGACAUUGAAGUACGUUCCUCAUCCAGAAGACAAAACAAAGACACUUCUCAAGCAGGAAGCAAUAGUAACGGUUCAAGGUGUUCCUCUCACAUCGUACAUGGAGGAAUUAUUGACAAAAAGAAUUUCCUUCAAUGCUGGAAUGGGACGACAAGCUGUGGAGUGGGUGAUAAAGCUGGAUACUGAAGUGAAAGGUUUGGCAAAUAGUGCUGUAAAGUCAACUGAUGAGCUCUUAACCCAAACACGACGUCAGUUUGAUGAUAUAUCAACAAAAACGAGGAAGAGCAUGGAUGAUCUUCAGCAAGCAGCUAAAAUAUCUCUCGAUGAGAUACAAACAUUCACAGCUCCUUCAUCACCUCAAUCAAUGCCAAAAUUAUAGCUAAGGUUUCGGUCUAGUUUUAAUCUUUUUAAUUGACGAACUGAAUUUCGCAUUCAUUGGCAAUUAUGAGAAAAAUUAGAUGAUGAGAAUUACUACGAUGUUGAAAAUUCAUUGAAAUUCGACUACAGAUUACAUAGAACAUAAAUUGGGAUUUGAGAGGGUUGAACUAUUUUCAAAAUAUCUAGUUUGAAAUAAUGGCUAAUUGAUACUGCUUCGCAUACCGUCAUUCAGAGUAAAGAGAUUUUCAUUAUACAUUGAGUCUGAAAAUGUUGAAUUCGCAGGACGUUUUUUUUAAAGAAGAUUUACCGUGUGAAAAAUACUCUGAUGAGAGAGACAAUAAUUGUCUGAUUGGCACACGCGGGAGUGAUAAUAGCGUUUGAGGUAAGUUACUUUCGAAUAAUUUUGUACAGUCAUAUACUCAAGUGGUUGAGUUUUUCGGACGUAAAAAUAUUCCUUUCGCUCACGGUUAAAAAAUGAAUAGGAAAUUGUUUAUAGAGUAUAUAUUCACUACUGUGUAAAUGAUAGAGGAUAUUCCUCUUAAAGUAUUGAAUAACAAUCAAGAGAAUGUAGUGACAUGGAUCGUUGAUUAUGAUUAUAAUUUAUGUAGGUAGUUCAAUUGAAAUAAAAAGAACAGUUGAUUAUUGAAGGAUAAUUGACAUUUUAUCAUAUGGAA